UCAAGCUUGUUCAAGCUUGGAAAGAAGAGACCAAAGGCCUCUCCGAACCCCUGCUUCUUCUCCGCUGUGCGACGUCUAGGGUUUUGCAUCUUCGAAUCCAUCUCUUCUUGAAGUUCUUGGCUUCCUCUCUUUGUAUCAUCAGCACAGGAUCGCUGUGUUUCGCUCUCUCUUCCAACAUGACAGAGUACUGGGUUAGUCAGGGAAAUAAAUGGUGCGACUUCUGCAAGAUUUAUAUAGCCAAUAACUCAUUAAGUAUCAGAACACAUGAGCUUGGUCAGCGUCAUAAGGACAAUGUUAAUAAAAGGAUUGCUACCAUGAGAAAAGAAAGCGCUGCCAAGGAGAAGCAGAAAAAGGAUGCAGCCCGUGCCCUUCAGCAAAUAGAAGAGAAAGCUAAACGUAGUUAUCAGAAAGAUUUAGCAUCAUUUCAAGAAGCCAAGAAUUCUUGUGGCCAGACUGUGGAUGAGGAAAAUCCAGAGUGGGAGUAUGAUGCUACUUCUGGAUACUACUACUGUCAGGAUAAUGGACACCAUUUUGACCCAAAUACUGGCUUAUUCUACUCUAAUGAAUUAGGCAAGUGGAUUACACAGGAUGAAGCAUUCACAUCUCAUGUUUCAAAACCAGGCAUAAGUCAUUCAUCAAAUACAAAAGAUGGUAAACACCUUUCUAAGAAGCCUUCUUCAACUCCGGGGACUUCAUCAUCUGGUGCACACGAUAUUACUGCUUCAGAAAGUAAAGCCGGCCCUGCUCCAGGUCGUGUUGUCUCAACAACUUUGAAUCCCAUGAGGUUUGUUAAAGGUGCUCAAUCAUCAAUUGCUAUUCAGAAAAGAAAGAGGGAAGGGGAGAAGACAAAAGCCAUAUCAAAGGAAGAAGAGGCUGCUCUAAGAGCACGAGAAGCCGCGAAGAAAAGAAUGGAAGAGAGAGAAAAACCAUUGCUGGGCCUUUACAGGUCAUAUUGAUCAACUCUGGUGGAUUUUAUAACAUUAAUGUCUUUUUGUUGAUAUAGAAUCUAUUUUCCCAUUCUAAUGCAAGUUGUGUUUGAUUGUCUAACUCACCAUCUGAUUCAUAAAACCAUGCUUGCUUGUGUUA